AUGAAGACAUCCCGGGCACUUCUUGACAGCUUGAUGGGUACAAAUGGUUCAACAGAAUUUAUUGAUAUGAUUCGAGAAAUAUACAACCAACAAGAAGCUGCUGUGAAACAACUACAGGACAGUUUAGAAGAUGACAUGUCAGAUAUCACAGCUUUCCUACAGAAAACUCUCUCUACAAGUAUAGAUUCUGUAUUCUCCUCCCUCAAUAUGACAUUCCUAGAAAAUGCUAAAAACUUGACAGCAGAUGAGCUGAUAGAGAAACUAUGUGAGGCAAGUAAUACCAGUUCCCUUGAUGUAACAUUACUGGCUACAUUAUGUGGGGACGACAAAGAGCUAGCAAAGGAAGUUGCACAAAAUCUGCUUGAAGAGUUGGCAGAAUAUGACUCUACGGCAUUCUGGUCAAAGGUUUCUAAGGAUAUAUCAGCUUUAGUUGGCAACAUUGAAGGUUUGUCAUCCUUGACGAACCUCGUGGCUCGACUGGGUACAGUUGAUAUAGCCAAGCUUGGUGAGGAUAGGGAACUCUUAAGAACACUCCAAGAAUUACUUGUAGAUAAUGGACCAGAUGCUAUUUUGAAAAACUUGAAUGUGUUACUGGAUGAUUUUAAAAUACUAGAUGAUAGUAACUUGACAAAUAGUAUCCUUGACGAUGUUAGAAUGCUUGCAGAAGGUGUGUUUGCCUUCACCUCACUGAGGGACAUGUUUGUUGCCAAUGUUCAAAUAAAGGACCUCGUUAAAGAUACAGAAUACCUUCGUAAUUACAUGAUUGACACAAUGAAGUUACCUGAAAAUGUAACAGAAGCUAUAAUUGAUGGAAGCCUCAGUUUAGAUGCUCUGAUAUCUGCGGCAACAACGGACAUUGAAAGCUAUAUUUGUAACAGUACUAAACUUAAGGAGACCAUUGAUGUAAAGAACGGUUCAUCUUUAGAUUUGGAUCUUGUUAGUAGACAGUUUUGUAGUCUCGACAAGGCCACUGUGACGUCUCUCGUUGAUGAAAUAUUCCAGCAGUUAGAUAUCGGCCAACUAAUGGAGGAUUUUGUUAUAAAUGGAGUAAAUGGAAUACUAAGGAGGUCUAAUAUAACACUUGAUGCGACUAAAGAAGCUAUAAAAAGCUUGGUUGAUGCUAAUGAUGACUUACAGAAAAUAACAAAGACGUUUAAUGAUUUCGCAGACACUAUUCCUGAUGCAUUUACCACCCUUGCACAAGCUCAAACUGGAGAUCAGGAGUUUGGAUCACUGUCAGCUAUAUUAUGUGGUAAUUCCAUUCCAAUGAUUAGUGAUGAAUUUCAGACUGGGGCUGUGCUGAAAUCCCGUACAGAACUGACAACAGAACAGCAGAGAGAGUUUGAUGCUCUUCCUGGAACUGCAUGCAAGGAUAUGUAUGUACGCAUUCUGAAAGAUAGAAAUGGCCCAAUCAUAUGGUCUUAUUUGAAACCACUUCUCCGAGGAAAGAUUGUGUUUUCACCAAACACACCUGAAGCAAGAACUAUUGUCACACAGAUCAAUACAACAUUUUCAUCACUUGAGGAGUUUAUAGAGCUGGCAGUAGACUGGGCAGAGGGGUCAGUUGCCCUUGGCAACCUUACAGGAGACAAGGCAAAGGAGUUACAGGACUUACUAAGCAGUAAUGUGAUAAAGAGUAUGUUAACGGAGGUAUCGGGGGUUGAUACACGAGAGUUAGAUGAUAUUCUAUAUACACUAGAGGACACUGACAUGGAUAUGAUGAAUGGAAUCAGUAAAGUGGCAAAAAUGAUUAAAGACUAUGUAUCAUGUUUGGAACUGGAUAGAUUUGAAGGGUUCAAUACAGAGGUGGAAAUGGAGAAAGCAGCAGCUGAACUGGCCAAGGACAAUUCUUUGUUAGCUGGUAUCAUGUUUGACAUGCCAGACAAGUCUACACGAAGGAAAAGACAAUCUGGGUCAUCUAUUCCUACACAUAUACAUUACACAAUACGAAUGGAUGUUGACAAUACUCCUGACACUGACAAAAUAAAGCCGAAUAUGUGGAGACCACAACCGUAUGACAACUUCUUCACCGAGAUGAGAUAUUUCCGUGGGUUUGCGCAGCUUCAAGACAUGAUUGAUGAAGCCAUUAUAUCCCUUCAUGUUGGGGAGAACGUUACCUUACCUUCAGUAACAACCAACCAGUUCCCUUACCCAUGCCAUACUCAAGACUUGUUUGUGAAUACAAUUGCUGGUUACCUGUUGAAUGUACUAAUGACCCUGUCCUGGCUGGCUGCUAUAUCUGUAGCGGUUUACAAUUUUGUAUAUGACCGUGAAAGAGGACAAGAAGAGACACUUAAUGCAAUGGGUAUGAAAACUUGCCUCAACUGGAUAGCUUGGUUUUUCUCUACCAUGUUUGUGAUGGCUAUUGUAGCAAUUAUAGAUGUAUUGAUACUGCGUUACGGAAACAUCUUCAUCAAGAGCAACAUUGCCAUAAUAUACCUAUACUUUAUUGACUUCAUAUUCUCUGUAAUAAUGAUGUGUUACUUUGUGAGUGCAUUCUUUACACGAACAUCUCUGGCCAUACUGGCGUGUAUUAUUGUAUACGUUGUCAGUUAUAUGCCAUAUGUUAUUCUGUUUACAUUGGAAGUUCAGAUGGAAUUCUGGCACAAGACACUGGCUUGUUUAGCGUCAACUUCAGCGUUCAGUUAUGCCGCCCAGUACAUCGCCCGUUAUGAGGAACAGCAGAUUGGUAUACAGUGGGAUAACAUCCAAGAUGAUCCAAUGUAUGGUGAUGGAUUUAGUUUCUCUUGGUGCUGUAUCAUGAUACUUAUAGAUGGUGUCAUCUAUUUCAUUCUUGGGUGGUAUGUGAGGAAUGUCAAGCCAGGGAAAUUUGGUGUGGCAGAGCCAUGGUACUUUAUCUUCAACCCGGCCAUGUGGUGUGGGCAGGGUUCAAGCAAAGAGGGACGUUAUAAUGCACAGAAUGAAGGAAUAUUUGCUGAAGAUGUACAGUCAUCCACACCAAUCGUUUUGUCAGCAAGAGGUCUGUCCAAGACGUACUCUGAUGGUACUGUGGCGGUCAAAGAUCUGUCUCUGGACAUUCACUGCGGGAAUGUUACCACACUGCUAGGUCACAAUGGUGCCGCAAAAACAACCACCAUGAACAUGUUAAUUGGAGUUUUAAGUCCCAGUAAAGGGGCUGUAAGAAUCCUGAACCAACCAUUAAAGAGAAUGCGUGGUAGUCUAGGUAUAUGCUCACAACACAACGCCCUGUAUGAAUAG